AUGAAUAUCAAUCCACAUCUUCAAUAUUUACAGCAACAACAGCAGUCACAGCAACCUAUGAACGCUGGAGUUCAAUCACCACAAAUAUCUCAAUUACAAUUACAACAGCAACAGCAGUUGCAACAGCAAAGACAGCAAUUACUAAAUCAUCACUUACAACAACAACCGCAACAGCAGCUAGGUACACCUAAUGCUAGUCAAGUCUCCACAAAUCCAUUGUUGUCGGCCAUAAAUGCGUCAAAUCAAUCUGGUGGCGCUGUAAAUGCUGGUGCUGGUGCUUCCUCUAAUCAAACAGUGAACACUGCGUUGCAGCUUCAAUUACAGCAGCAAUUACAACAGCAUCAACAACAAUUAUUCCAACAACAGCUUCAAGGUCAACACAAUCAUCCUGUCCAACAACAGCAGGUUCCAAUAAUUAAAGAAGUAUGGUCGCAUAACUUGGAACAUGAAUUUCAUGCAUUGCGUUCGUUUAUUAAUGAUAAAGGGUCUGCUGUGUACAUUGCCAUUCAUCAAGAAAUUCCGGGAAUCGUGGCAAGACCAGUUGGAACGUUUAAGUCGUCUUCUGAUUAUCAUUUCCAAACAUUGAGAUCAAACUCCGAUUUGUUAAACUUGAUUCAAUUGUCUUUAUGUGUUACUAAGGUUAACAAGAAUAAUGAAAUUCGUUCCUCGAUAAUUUGGCAAUUUAACUUCUUAUAUGAUUUAACGAAGGAAAUGUACAAUGAAGAGCAUUUAGCGAUGCUAUCUCAAACUUCUCAGAUUAAUUUUCAAUUACAUAUGACCCAGGGUAUACCACACUUUGCAUUUGCUGAAUUAAUUACGGAGUGUGGGUUAUUGUUGGAUACAUCUAUUAAUUGGAUAAGUUAUCACGCAGGUUACGACUUGGGAUUUCUUAUUAGUUUAUUAAUUAAUGACAACCUUCCACUCGAUGAAAAAGAUUUCUAUUGGUGGUGUUCCAAAUACUUUCCAAACUUUUAUGAUUUGAAGUUAAUUGGAAAUCAAUUAGUGAAUACUUUCUCGAAUAACAAUAGUAAUUCAAAUAAUACCAAAUCGAACGGAAACUCUAUUAAUAGCGGACCAAGUAAUUCUGUGGAAAUUCCAACUGGUGGCUCCAAUAGUGACAGUUCCAAGAAUAUGAUAUCUAAUAAUAAGCCAUCCAUCGAAUACUUGGCGGAAGAAUUACAUUUAUUACCAAUUUCUCCUAUAAUUCGUCAAUACUUUGCAUCUUCAAACUCACAUUUCCCUGGCCAACAGCACCAACAAAUGACAUCUACCUUGCAUGCUUAUUUAUCCAUGGAAUGUUUCAAGGAAUUGUUGAGACAAGCGGGAUAUGACAAUAGCAUUUUGGAGAAGUUUAAAGGUGUAAUUUGGGGACUUGGAAGUGUCUAUGGAAGCUCGUCGAGUGACGUACAACAAAACGGGUCGGUUUCGAAUACGACUCCCUCUACACCAGGUAAUUCAGCUAAGAGUGGUGUGGUUCACUUCGGAAGACCACUCUAA